AUGAUCGGGAGCUCGGAGUUUUGGGAGACGGAGCGGGAGGCGCCGUUGCUGAACCGGAACGCGAAUUUCUUCUGCCCGGAGUCUGCUGCUGCGCUGCAGCAGCGCGCAGCAAAGCUGCUGCUGCUGCUGGAGGAGCGGCACGGCGCUGCUGCAGUGGAGCCGCAGCUGCUGCAGCCGGACUGCGAAGACGAAGCAGCAAAACGCAUCUUCGUCUUGGACGCCGAGCGCACUUUCAAGUCUCCCCAGUUCCAGCAGCAGCUCGUCGCGGUGCUGUCUUCGUUGUGGCCGGAAGUGGGGGACUACCACCAGGGUUUGGGUUUUGUGGCUUCGUUUUUGCUGCUGCUGCUGCCAGCAGAAGCCGUGCUGCAGCUGUGCGUGGGGCUGCACCGGCUGUACCUUCCUGGGUACUUCAAAGCGGCCCCCGUGGCUUACGUAAGGGACGCCCGCGUGCUGCAGAAGCUGCUGCAGCAGCAGCAGCCUGCUGUUGCUGCGCGGCUUGCUGCCUUUUGCUGCUGCCCCGAGGCCUACUGCAGCAAGUGGUUUGUGGGGCUGAACGUCCACGUGCUGCCCUUCGAAGCUUUGCUGCUGUUCUUCGAGCAGCUGCUGCGCUGCGGCGCUGCUUUUCUCUUCCAGUUCGCCCUCGCGCUGCUGCAGUGCUGCAGCAAGCAGCUGCUGGCAGCAGCAAGUGCUGCUGAGGCCCUUGAGAUCCUCAGAUUGGAUCCCAGCAAGUUCCCAAAUGCUGCUAAGGCUCCUGGCCAGGAAGCUGCGGGCUCUUUCUUCCUCAAGAUCGUCCAAGACGCCGCCAACAUCCACCUCGAGUCUGCUGCUGCUGCUGCUGCUGCUGCUGCUGCGCUGCUGCGGUGCUGCGGUGCUGCGCUGCUGCUGCUGGGGGCUGGGACGGGGGCGGGGAGG